UCAGAAUUUCCGAUAAGACCCGGUUCUAUCACCGAUAAAACGUUACCCACCAGUAACUCACUUACCCAGUUUAUUGUGACGAUUGACUUAAGUCUCGACUUAAAACUCGAACUCCACUAUUAAGGAAUGAAGCAGUCGUGACGACAUCAGUCGUCUAAGCAAAGCAUGAAAGAAGAGGAUAUUAUACAACUCACAGUCCCCUUUUCCUUACCUUCACCAUGAAGGCUUUCCGUAAUGGCGCAUCUCUCAGCAGUGCGGCGUCGGGCUGCAUCCUACGGCCCCACCAUACUCCAACCCCGUUGAAUCGGAUUCGGGUCAGUGGCGGCGGCCUGGCGCGACAACGAGGCGUUGAUGUUGGUGGACGCGUAUUGUCUUCUAUAUCCACUAGGAUCACAACUUCCCGCUCAUACAGCAUAGAUCAUGGCACUGCCAAGCCACCACCACCACCACCCUUUGCUUUUGCCUUUGAUAUAGAUGGCGUGCUUCUUCAUGUCGCGAAGCCGAUACCCGGCGCGACAUAUGCUCUAAAGCAGUUACAGAAACGUAACAUCCCAUUCAUCUUACUCACUAAUGGCGGGGGCAAGCAUGAGACGGACCGCGUGAAGGAUCUAAGUAACCGUCUCGGUAUCGAGCUUACUACGGACAACUUUGUCCAGUCCCACACGCCAUUCCAGGAGCUUGUGCAUCACGGCCACAAUUCCGAGGGUCUGCGAGAUAAGAACAUCCUCGUCACGGGCUCGGACGCCGCUAAAUGCAGGGACAUCGCCGAGAGAUACGGCUUCAAGAACGUCAUCAUUCCCGCGGACAUCCUCGCCGCCCAGCCGACCAUCUGGCCCUUCGAACCUCUCAUGAAAGAAGUGUACGCAGCGACAGCACGGCCGCUACCGUCCCCGAACCCGAAGAUCGACGCCAUCUUCGUGUUCAACGACCCGCGCGACUGGGCCCUAGACAUCCAAAUCAUCGCGGACCUCCUCCUGUCGCAGCAAGGCGUGCUCGGCACGUACUCGCCCAAGAACGGGAACGCGGACCUGCCGAACGAAGGGUGGCAGCGCGACGGGCAGCCGCCGCUCUUCUUCAGCAACCCGGACCUGUUCUGGAGCGCGGCGUACCCGCUGCCGCGGUUCGGGCAGGGCGCCUUCCAAGCCGCGCUCGCGGGCGUGUGGGACGAGGUCACGGGCGGCAGGGCGGAGCUCGAGCGCACGACGAUCGGGAAGCCGCACGCGCGCACGUACGGGUUCGCCGAGCGCGUGCUCAACGCGCACAGGGCGAGGAUGCUAAGCGCGGACGGCCCGGACAAGCUGGAGCCGCUCAAGCGCGUGUAUAUGGUGGGCGAUAACCCGGCGAGCGAUAUUCGCGGCGCGAACGAGUACGUGUCGCCCCUGGGAACGAGGUGGAAGUCGAUCUUGGUGAGGACGGGCGUUUGGAGUCCUGAGAGGGGCGGGAGCCCGGCGUAUGAGCCGGAUGUGAUUGUGAAGGAUGUGAGGGAGGCUGUGGAUAUGGUGUUGGCGCGUGAGGCGUGGUGAGCGUCGUGUGAAUAAGGGGAUGAUGGUAUGGUCCUAUCGAUUGUCUUGUAUGACUGAGAUGAAGAGCUGCUGAGUAGAUCCGUGGAUAGGGGCAAUGGGAUACAUAGAUUAUGGGAUAUCCCCAUAGUUUACAUAGAGUAUGCGUAUAGCUUCGAUGGAGAAGGGUUAUAUAUGUCUUCGUAAGUGAAAUUACGUAUAUGAUUGAUCAUAUGGAAGCAUAUUCUAUUAGCAUAGUCUUUUACUAUAUACAAAACUCAGAUAAUCUAUCUCAUGUUCAAUUGAAUCUAAUAUUACUUCA